AAUUUAUAUUAAACCAGCGGCACAUUCUAAAGAUGGAUGAAAAUACACCAAUCAAAACAGAGUAUUUCCAUCAUUCAGCAGUGCAGCUACAAAGAACAGACCAUUACUGUCGGUACGAAAGCGUUCAAAGUGAACACACGGCAUGUUCUUUGUAGCUGCACUGCUAAACUGGUGCAAUAAAUUGAAGUGAGACAAGUAUAUGUUUUUUUACUCUAACUUAUUGCACUAGAGUUCAGCAGUACAGUUACAAAGAACAGAUCUACAGCCUGUCAGAUUGUUCUAUCAAAAGUGUUAUUUUAAAAUUAUAGCAUAUAAAACGGAUACAAUGACAGAAGUAAUUGAGUUACGUCCUAAUAAAAAUUUGAUAAAUUUGUCUUUUGAAAAAUAUCAAUUUUGUACCGAAAUCGUUCCUAUAAUUUCUGAAAUCAGUUUAAAGAAACAUGUAUAUAGGUUAGAGCCAAAUCAAAAUCAAGAAUCUUGGCUGGAAGCAAGACUAUUUGCAUUUCAUAAUCAUCUGUAUAAAAAUGCAUAUGAUAUGUCAUGUUGGUUUAUUGAUGAAGAUUGGGCUGUUUGGCGUUUUGAUAAGCACAAUUCCUUUAAUCAAAUACAUAUAUUACAUACCACAAAAACUGAUUUAUCAAAAAUAACAUAUAACCCAUCUAUUGGAUUUACUUGUAAUGGAAUUUCAGCAAUUUCUGAUGGUGGUGAAAAGCUAGAUAUAUUAAUAGGAAAUACAGAACAAAAUGUGAAAGUUUUUUCAAUGGAUCCUGUAAAACCUGGGAUUAUCAUGAAUGUGCAACAUGUACAAAAAAGUUCAAGGAUUAUUAUAAUCAUGUCUACUAUUAUCAAUAAUGAUGUAAAGAAAUAUACCCAGCUCACACUGUUAUCAUAUAACUUACAGUAUGUAGAAAAUAAAGUAAAAAAUAUUUCUUACAUUGAUAAACAGAUAUUGAAAGUACAAGGUACUAUAGAUUAUGCUUAUAUGGAAGAAAAUGGUAAUUAUUUGCAUUCCAUUUGCCAAGAUAAUAUCUGUUUUGAUGAAGGAGACACACAGAAAUCUGAAGUAAAGACAGAACAACCAAAUAUUGAUUCACAAAUAAAGAUUCCAAAAUAUUACUGGUCACAAGAUGAAGACUCACUUACUGUUUGGGUUAAAAUACCAAAGCAGCAUAGUACCAAACAGCCUAAAAUAAGUGUUAAGCCAUUAGAAUUAUCUGUUGCAAUAAGUAAUGAAAUUUUAAUACAAGGAGAAUGCGAACAUAGAUUAGAAGAAAAUAUGGCAACUUGGAGGUAUAAAGAAAACACAUUGCAGAUUGAUUUAAGCAAAUAUGAAAAUGGACUAAUGUGGAGUGAACUAAUUAAAGGUGACACAGGAGGUGAAUGCGUGCCAAAUGAGACUCUUGCUGCAGAGAUUCAUGAGAGGUUAGCACACUUGUGCACAGAUCAGCAAAGUGACAGCAUUAGAGAAGGUCAACCUUGUGUAGGCUUCAAUGCUGAACAAUUAGAGGAGUGUGAUCUGGAAGGGAGAGAUAACUUUUUACAAAGAAUUGAUCUUUCUACACGAACAACUACACACUUGGCUAGAUUGGGAAGUAAUAAUCAUGUAUUAUUUACGUGCGAAAGAGAACACGGACAAGUGAUAUGUUUGAGGCAAGAUCAUGAUGCUUGUGUUUGGGUAACAGACGAUACGUGUGAUGAUGGUACUCAGUGGGACAUCAGACAUAUUCAUAACUUUCCUGGAUUUGGCUAUGUUGAAGCUAGUAAAACUAACAAGAAAUUUUGUGUUGCUCCGAUUGAUGGCUCAUACAUAGCUAUAGCAGAACAUGCAAGGCAUAUAUUUCUGUACGAAAAGCCUGAUACCGAAGCAAAGACAGCCAAACAAAGAAUUAUAGAUCUUUCUUACGAAAGUUCGCCAAUUAUGGGCGUCAUUGCUAUGAAGACAUAUUUGAUUGUACUUUUAAUAGAUAAAUUAUAUUGUUUACAGAUUCCUAAGUGAUAAUUCUUCUGAGUAUUUUUUAACUAAAAUAAAUGCAGUUCAUCAAAGAAAA